AAUAAUAAUAAUAAUAAUAAUAAUAAUAAUAAUAAUAAUAAUAAUAAUAAUAAUAAUAAUAAUAAUAAUAAUAAUAAUAAUAAUAAUAAUAAUAAUAAUAAUAAUAAUAAUAAUAAUAAUAAUAAUAAUAAUAAUAAUAAUAAUAAUAAUAAUAAUAAUAAUAAUAAUAAUAAUAAUAAUAAUAAUAAUAAUAAUAAUAAUAAUAAUAAUAAUAAUAAUAAUAAUAAUAAUAAUAAUAAUAAUACUAAUAAUAAUAAUAAUAAUAAUAAUAAUUAU